AUGUUAACAAAAUUUAGACCUAAAUUGGUCUUUUUAUUACUCACUUUGUCUUAUUUAUUGGCUAACAAUAUUUCAUAUAGUCAGCAAUUUGAUAAUUCUGCUGAAAAAGAAACAAUGAGUCUUUUACCGAAAGGAAGCAAGGAAAUUGGAGAAAUUAAGGAAGAGAAAAAGGAUGAAGGCAAGACAUGUUUUUUUGUAUUUCAUAUAAGGGUUGUGCGUCAUGUCGUUUGGUUUUGUGUUGGCGUUCAUUUUGGCAGAUUUUUGGCGUUUUGUGUUUGGCGUGAUUUAAAAAUUUGAAAAAAUGGGGUUUGGCGCGCCUCGCAAAAUUUGGCGCACAGCCCUGUUUUAUACCCAAACAUUUUUGUUUUGACAAUUUUUUGUACAGACCGAUGUUGGUCCUAAUCAUUUUUCUGACCAUUUUCUGACCUGACCAUUUUUUGUGUUGACCAUUUUUAAAAGUUCCAUUUUUGUUCUG